AGCAUUGUCGGCUGCGCCUUUGCCAGCGUCGCAUACUUCAUGCGUAUGCUGUCGAAGAUGAACCUCCCUUGCGUCAGAGGUGCCCGCGUGGAUACAAAUUUUUGGUGGGACGACUUGUUGAUCACCAUCGCCUGGUUGCUCAUCAUUCCGAUCACGGUGCUCUCGACUUUCUUGAAUACGCUGGCCAUGGGCAGAGAUGUCUGGACAAUACCGUUUGACAACAUCACCAAGGCUCUCAAGAUGUACUAUUUUGACGAGCUUCUAUAUAUUGCCGCCCUGCCAAUCAUCAAGAUCACCAUUCUUUUUACCUACCUCCGAAUCUUCCAAACGCCGAACUUCAGGAAGCUGGCUUUUGGUGCCAUUGGGAUCAACGUGGUUUUCGCCAUCACCUUCUUCGGGGUCACCGUCUUUCAGUGUAUCCCCGUCCACCUGGCAUGGACUCACUGGGACGGUACGCAUCCCGGAGAGUGCAAAGAUCUCAAUGCACUGUCAUGGGCAGCGGCAGCACUCAACAUCAUUCUCGACGUCGUUGUAGUUGGUCUGCCCAUGCCGAUGCUCUGGAAGAUGAAUCUCAACAAACGCAAGAAGAUUCUGGUGAUGCUCAUGUUUGGAGUCGGUUUCUUCGUCACGAUUGUCAGCAUUCUGCGACUCCAUCUUUUGGUCUACUUCGGCCAUUCCAAAAAUAUCACCUAUGACUACAAGAAAGUCGGGGACUGGACCGUCGUCGAGCUCAACACAGCACUCUGCUGCGCCUGUAUGCCUGGCAUUCGCAACCUCAUCCGUCGAGCUUUCCCCAAGCUAAUGGGAAGUACCGCGCGCAACUCACGUCGUACGCCGACUCCUGGCCUCUCUGGGCUACGCGGACCAACCCCUGUUACCAGUGGGCUUGGAAAGGGCGUGACGGAGGUCUAUGUCCGGCCAAGACACAGUGAUGACGACCACUUCAUUCCCCUCGACGACAUCAGCGCCGACAAU